AUGCCCCUGCGAUCGGAGCCUGAAGAAGAUCAAACGUCUGCCUUGUCCCAGACCCCUGAGCUGGACUCUCUUUUGAACCGUUCAUUUGAUACAGACAACACGAGCAACAUAAGCAGCCUUCAUGAUGAUGGUGAGGCAUUGGGGGAUGCCCAGCCUGACUUCAGUGGCAGCGAACAUGACCGACUGUCAAGCCAGCAAACGGAGUCGCGACCGGAGCUUAGGACUUUGACUUCUUGGAACCCUUUCUGGUCGUCACCAACCCUGCUUGUUACAGUUUCAUCGCUCCUCACAUUGCUGUCCGCCGCAACAAUUGUUCUGUGGCGAGUUUCCGUUGGCAACCACGGUUUCCCCCUUCUGACAACCAACAAUUACUCGUGGACUUACGGGCCUACAGCAGUAUUGACUGUUAUCAUGAGCAUUUGGAAUCAAACAACAUAUUGUUGCAAGCUGCUUGAGCCUUGGAAAGAACUCAAAAGAGGUCCUGCGAGCCCCGAGAGAACCGUUCUCCUUGAUUAUAUUUCCCCAAUCCUGCCUGUUAAUCUUUGGAAGGCAGCAAGAUUCAAGCAUGCCACUGUUGCCAUCGCUAUCUACGCUGGUAUCAUGCUCAGGAUCGUGACAGUGGCAUCUACUGGCCUCCUUAGCCCAGUCAGCAUGUCGAUGCCUUAUCAAAAUGUCACACUGGAAGCAUUGACAACUUUCAAUGCUUCCAAUUAUAAGUCUGGUGAAAGUUAUUUCGAUUCCCUGGCAGAGUCGGCCAUUGAUUACGAAGCAUAUGCCCUUAUCGCUGAUGAUUUACCCUUUCCAGAUGGUCUCCAGCCGAAUCUUGCCUUUCAGCGUUUCAAACUGCCAGAUAAUUCAACCGCCAACAGAACACUUUCCACGGUUCGGGGAACUGUCCAAUCAUUCAGGCCUUUGAUUCAGUGCCAAGAGGCGAGCCUGGUCCCCCUGAAUGCGACUACUUCCCCGUAUGACAACGUGGACGUGAUUGAGAUCUUCGCCAAUGCAUCCUGGGAGUCGUGCUCCUGGUCACAAUCGCACCCAAAGGAAGUCGACAUUACAUUCAAAUAUCUGCGUAACAUGCACCCGACGCGACAAUUGUUCAGCGGGGUUCCUUUUGGAGACUACACCUGUCGUGAUGCAAAGGAAUCAUUUUGGUCGCUGGUCACGUUAUUUGACAUUCGGUACAAUCAAACAGCUAUUCCUUCCGCUAUCCUCCAGGCCGAACCAUCAAACUCCUCAGACACCUGGGGCAUCCAGAUCAUGGAAGUGACCUCAGUUGCUUGCAGCAUCAGUUACUCCAUGGUCCCUGCACAGGUCACGUACGACCUCUCACGGAAUCCACCGGAACCUACUAUCCUACUUCCAAGUGACACCGACACAGGUCAUCCUGGCCCCUUCGUCGAAGGAUUCACGGAAAGCGAUUUUUCCAACAGACUGAAUCUGGACGCCGACAACGCGGACUUCAUAGUCGGGAGCUACAUUACAAAGGGGACGGAUGAGUUUGUGCCCGACACAUUUGUGAACAUGAUGUCUUUGGUUGCAGAUACGUCAGCGACGGAUUUUCUUGGUAAUCCUGGAACGAUGUCCUCGGCGGCCACCACGGUCUUCACCUACACAGGUGUACAAGUAGCCAACAGGUUCCUCUUAUCGAACACAACACAAAUUCUGCAGGGAGAAAUCAGCACGACCUCUAUGAGACUACAGAUUUCUGCCCUCGCUUCGCUGGCCAUGGUCAGCGGUUUUCUCCUUGUGGCCGUCGGCGCAAUGGCACUGGUUCUCAUCCGUGCUCAGGACGUUGUUACGCACAAAAUCGGGCCUAUCGGAAACAUGGCCAUGAUUUUGAGAGACAGUCCCGAUUUCAACAAUCUACUCAAAGACUGUGGCCAGAAGAGAACCGAGCAAAUUGAAAAGACUCUGGAGCCUUUCACAUUUCAAAGCAUGAUUGUUUCGACAAAACCUGGCUUCUGUUCGAUUAUUCCGGGUCUAGAACACACUGCCAAUGCGAGGCCGACAGAGCUGCCUCCCGAAGAAAGCAUUACAUGGUGGAGACCCAUUCCCCUGCGUCCUUGGAUAUUCGCACUGAUAUCAGCUUUUCCACUUGCUAUCAUCGCCACAUUGGAAAUCUUGCAACAUUUGUCCUCGAGAGUCAACGGCAUGACAAGCAUCGCGAGUCCAGACUCUAUGCUCGUCACCUUUGGUACCAGAUUUGUUCCAUCGGUACUGUUCAUGACCGUCGCUAUGCUGUACGAUUCAAUUGAAUUUAACGUGUUGGUCUUGGCCCCAUUUGCUCGAUUGAAAAAAGCUCAGGCUAAAGGCAAACCUGUCAUCACUCAUGCCCUCCUCGGCCGUUUCUCUAUUGAGUCCUUUGGAUUUUCUCUGCGGAACAAAUACUGGGAAACAGCUUUUGCGACCCUAGCGGCUUUUCUUGGCAGCUUUCUGACAAUCGCGGCCUCCGGCCUCUACACGAUAGAGAGCCUGCCUGGCCCAUCCCCUGUUACUGUCCGUCGAGUUGACCGAUUUGACCCCACAUGGCCUGAUAGUGUGAGCGACGAUGGUGGCGCGGCGGUUCUUGUCACCGAUAUGGAGGUUUUAAACCUAUCUUUCCCAUCAUGGACAAAUUCUGAAUUGACGUUUCCGGAAAUACAAUUACCCUCGAAAGACUUGUCCCGAAUCAAGGCUAUGUCAGAGCCUUCUAUUACUGUCCGAGUUCCAGCCAUUCGGGGUGAGUUGCAGUGCAGCACCACACCCACAGACGACAUUUCCGUCUAUGUACCAUAUGCUGGAGAAUCCGAAGCAUCACUAAUCAUCAAUGCCACGACGUCGGUUCCAACUACGUGUGAUCAGCAAGCCUCAACGAUCGACUGGUCUAGCAGACAGUUACUGAGCUUCAAUUCUGGUAAAUCUGGCCUGGUAGGCCAGAUGCUUGACCUGCAUGCAGGUGACAGGAACCUCAGGUUUGGAGAGUUCUCAUUGCCACUACAAAAUAAUAGUGCACCUGGAUGCCCUUCACUUGCUUUCACCUUUGGGAAUUACUCGCUUAAUACAUCAGACAUUCUUAACAUCACUUUGAAUGCACCACCAGCCUGGUUCACGACAAUGUCAUGCUUUCAACUCAUGGCAGAAAUCCAAACGGAGGUUACCUUGAGUAUCCCCAAUUUCACAGUCAUAUCUGCGGUUCCAGAUGAGUCUACAAUCAGGUAUCUCCCCAGUGGGCCAAGCGGGCAGACUGCGUUCCCCUGGCGUCCACAACUCCACUUCGAGCUUGAGGUUAUUGUCUGGGACGGCAACGUGACUUACGGUGGAUUCGGAAGUCCAUCGGUAGUACAAAACUAUGACAACCCGAACUACAACGUUGACGGUUUUUUCACACUGAUGCUUCAGCCAAGCAGCGGAGUGUACCCAGAGAAUAUCCGGGGACCUGAAAACCAGGGAAAGCUAGUCGACGCCAUCCAGGGAUUGUACCAGCGCUACAUGGCCCAGGUAGCAAACGCGAAAAUGCGGGUCCCUGUCGCUAUCGGCACGACUCCCGAGACGUACACUGCGACCUGGAUCAACUCGGAUAGGGGGGUGCUCCGGCAAAAUUGGAGGUCGAAACUGGAGCUACAAAUCUUACUUACCGUCAUGUUUAUCUGCGGGAUCUCGUCCUACCUGAUCAUCGAUACCAAGGAGGUCCUGCCGCAUGACCCGUGCAGCAUUGCUGGGCUGGCAUCUCUCCUUGCUGGCAGCUCAAUGUGUGACGAGGCCACGGGCUCCGGAGGAAGUGAGGGAGGCAUUCUUGACGGGUCUUCUUGGCACUCACGGCUCUUUGGUCUGGGCUGGUGGUGGUCGCCGGAAGGAGGAGGGGAACGAUUUGGCAUCGAUGUCAAAGAUGCUCAGUGGAAGCUACGGAAGGCUGGUGCAGGUCAAGCGAAGUCUCAAAUGUGA